UGAGCGAUUUUUGAAGAGGUGGAGCAUAGGCCCCCAACUUCUGAAACUGAUGGGGCUGCAACCGGAAAGACUCUGGGAAUGGUAGUUUCCGGCGUCAGCCUGCGCAGGCGCACUGUCCUACGCGGCAUUGGCGCGCGAGCCCCUUACCUCAAGCUGCCCGGUGCCUCCCACGGUAUCCGAAAGUCCGCGGGAACCAGGCUCCAAUGUCUGGGCCUCUCCGUCUCUGAGAACUGCUCCCUCCCGUCCUCUUUUUCUCGAUUCCUCGCCUCCGCUGGGAGCCGGCUCCAGUGUCCCAGGGACGUGGCCGGACGACGGAGCGCUGGUUGCCAUGGCGACUCUCCUCCUGGUGAGCGCAACGUCACCGUCACCUGUGUGCUGGCCGGGGACGUGGCUACUCCAGCUCUUCAGGCCCUGGCCUGGACCUUUUUCCCGGAGGUGCAUACCCAGGACCCAGCAAUGGCCAACAGGACCCUGAUGGCCACCGGCCAGGAAUCAGUGACCUUCAAGGAUGUGGCCGUAGACUUCACCCUGGAGGAGUGGGGCUGGCUGGAGCCUGGCCAGAGGGAGCUGUACCGAGAUGUGAUGCUGGAGAACUACCGGAACCUUCUCUCCCUAGGGGCAGGGCUUUCUGGGUCCAAACCCGACGUGAUCUCCCGUCUGGAGCGAGGGCAAGAGCCGAGGUCAGAGGAGAGAGAGGCCCAGCGAGUUACCUGUCCAGACUUGGAGGCAAGCUCUGUGACUUUUGGAAAGAUACCUCCAAAAAAGAGCAUUUCUGGAGAUUCAGCUUUCCCACCUGAGGGAACUUUAAGGGUUGUGCUUGGAGAUGCCAAGCUGGGGAAACCCAUGGCAUGUCACUGUUCAUUGGAGGACCCAAGAAAGCAGGAGAUGCAUUUGAGGUGUUUAUUUGCUACUGCCAGUGGAGACACCUCAGGGGAGAGAGGCCUUGGGUGUGACGAGCUUGGGAGAAGCCUUCGGCAGGCCCCUGCCCUCAUCAGGAAGCAACGAGUGCCCCAUGGAGACAGGCCCCAGAAGUGGAGCAGGCCCUGGAGGAACUUGAAACGCCAAAGGACCUUCGUGGAGAAGAAACCAUUUAACUGCACGGAAUGCGGGAAAGCCUUCAUUUACCAUUCCGACUAUAUUGUGCAUCAGCGAAUUCACACUGGAGAGAAGCCCUACAAGUGCCAUGACUGUGGGAAGGCAUUCAGCAACAGCUCGUAUUUCAUUCAGCACCACAUCGUCCACACAGGUGAGAAGCCCUAUGCCUGCCAUGAGUGCGGCAAGACCUUCACUCAGAGCUCUUCGCUCACCGAGCAUCAGAGGAUUCACACUGGAGAGAAGCCCUACAAGUGCAAGGACUGUGGGAAGGCCUUCACGCAGAGCUCGUCUCUCAUCAAACACCAGCGGUGCCACACUGGGGAGAAGCCCUACAAAUGCGGCCAGUGCGGGAAGUUCUACUCGCAGGUCUCCCACCUAACCCGCCACCAGAAAAUCCACACGGGGGAGAAGCCCUACAAAUGUGCAGAGUGCGGCAAGGCCUUCUGUCACACCUCCUCCCUGACCCAACACCAGACCAUCCACACUGGGGAGAAACCCUACAAAUGCAAUGAGUGUGGGAAAACCUUCAGCCACAGCUCAUCCCUGACUCAGCACCAGCGAGUCCACACUGGAGAGAAACCCUAUGAGUGCACUGAGUGCGGCAAAGCCUUCAGCCACAGCUCGUCCCUGACCCAGCAUCAGAGAAUUCACACUGGUGAGAAGCCCUAUGAGUGUCACAAGUGUGGGAAGGCUUACACACAGAUUUCCCACCUCAUGAGGCACCAGAGCACUCAUGUGGGGGAAAAGCCCUACAUAUGUAAUGAAUGUGGGAAGGCUUUCAGCCACACCUCAUCCUUCACCCAGCACCAGACCAUCCAUACUGGCGAGAAGCCUUACAAAUGUACCGAGUGUGGAAAAACCUUCAGCCAGAACUCCUCCCUCACACGCCACCAGAGGAUUCACACAGGGGAGAAACCCUAUGAAUGUAAAAUGUGUGGGAAAGCUUAUACCCAGAUCUCCCACCUCAUUCAACACCAGAGGGUUCACACCGGAGAGAGGCCCUAUGAGUGCAGUGAGUGUGGAAAAACCUUCAGCCGGAGCACACAUCUCAUUGAGCACCAGAAGAUCCAUACUGGCGAGAAGCCCUAUAAGUGUCAGGAGUGUGGGAAAACCUUCAGUCACAGCUCAUCCCUCACUCAACAUCAGAGAAUUCACACCGGUGAGAAGCCCUACACCUGCAAGGAAUGUGGGAAGGCCUUCAACCAAAGCAUUCACUUAAUCCAACACCAAAGGAUUCACACUGGAGAGAAGCCCUACAAGUGUCAUGACUGUGGGAAAACCUAUACCCAGAUCUCACACCUUCUCCAACAUCAGAAGGUCCACUCUGGCAGCAAACACUAUGCAUGUGAGGAGUGUGGAGAGGGUUUCAGCUGGAGUUCACACCUGACUCAACACCGGAGGCUUCACACUGGGCAGGAUGCCUAUAUUUGUGAUGAUUUUGAGAAAGCCCUUGCUUGGGGAACAGAGCUUGCUGAUCAUCAGAGAAUGCAUGCUGAUUAGACAACCUGAGUGUGUAAUGAGCUGUCUGUCCUGCAGAAGGUCCUAACAUCAUCAACACUAGGAACCUCAGGAAAAAUUUUGCCUUCAGGAACAGAUGGAUCCAGGGGCAUAAAUAGCCUUUAAGCCAUCUGCUCUUCAUCAACACUAGGGACUCUCCAGAGAAGGAUGCUAGCGCCAUAUGUUGAGAUAAUUUGUUCCUUUCUUCCCUAGAGGGAAGGUGGCACAGUUUUUCACUAACUGGGACAGGUUCUGAUCAUUUUGGGGGUUUCCCUUUCAUAUUUCCUUCACUUUACCAUGUCCCUAGAUUGUGGUAUAGUUAGGGGUUGGUCCAAAAUGGAUACUAUUUCAUCUGGUACCUUUGCUAAGAACAGCCCUCUCCAAGCUUUUAAAACUGAUUGAUCUUUCCUUAAAUUGGAGCCUGAAUAUUUAGU